AUGCAGGUCGCUACCAUCCUCCUCUCGGCAGUUGCCCUGGUCUCUGCACUGCCGACCCCGACUGGCAUCCCCUCCACGGCUACCGCAAAGUCCCUGCUGGAUGGCCUGACCGUGGCCCAGCCCCUGAGCGGCACCGGGUACAACCGCGACCUCUUCCCGCACUGGAGCACGCAGUCGGGAACCUGCAACACGCGCGAGUACGUGCUGAAGCGCGACGGCAGCAACGUCGAGACCAACAGCGCCUGCAGCGCCGUGUCGGGCACCUGGAAGAGCCCCUACGACGGCGCCACCUGGACCAGCGCCAGCAACAUCGACAUUGACCACAUGGUGCCGCUCAAGAACGCCUGGGUCAGCGGCGCCUCGCAGUGGACCACGACGCAGCGCCAGCAGUUCGCCAACGACAUCACCCGGCCCCAGCUGUGGGCCGUCACCAACUCGGUCAACCGCUCAAAGAGCGACAGCAGCCCCGACAACUGGCUCCCGCCCCUCGCGUCCUUUUACUGCACCUACGCCAAGUCGUGGAUCCAGGUCAAGAGCUACUGGGCCCUCACCAUCACCGGUGCCGAGAAGAGCGCCCUCGGCAACAUGCUCAACACCUGCUAG